GACAGCGUCUGGGGGCUUCUUAAUAUUUAAAAACCUAUGAAUGUCUUAUACUCAAUAAACGGGAAAAAACUCAGCUACCUGACGAUACAAGCCAUUUUUACCGAAACAAAACACAAGUCUCACAAGAAGCGUUAGCAUUAGCCCUUAGCCAAAACGGGCAAAUGCUACUUCCGGUGCUAACUAGCAAAAACGAUCUUUAUACCUUCAUAUUAUCUGCACAAACUACACAUAAUCUGAAAGCUGAUACUCCACUGAUUAUUUUGAUAUAAGUAUCAUCACUGGAGGACACAAACUCACUGAGCUAGCAGCCAGAACAGAGCAAGAAAAGAACAACAGUUUUCAAAACCGUAACAAUAAUUUUGUCUUACCGUUGCUGUUUUGUGAUCAAAAGUCGUGUUCAAGGGAAUAAAAACGCUGCUCAAGGUUAAUCCAAAGUCUCUUAGUCCUUUUAGAAUUGGUCCUGAUAAUCUAUCAUUACAUUCAUGGCAGCAGAGUAGGUAUAAAGUUUUGCAGUCCGGCACUGAUGCUGUCUCCCACGAGGUAUACGCACAGCUCCCCCUCCUCCACGUAGUUGUUUAGCCGGUUUUACUAACUGCAGCUCGAUUCUAUUGGCUCUAAAGUUUCAAAAAAGGUGUCAAUCACCCAAAUCGACCAAUGGGUUCCAGAGUUACGAUCCUGCGUAACAUAAAUUAUGCCAGCUCCAGCCACAUUACGCAGACGACGCAGCAGCAGCAGCACCGCCAGCAGCACCGGAGGAGCAAACGAACGAAGCGACGAACACAGUGAACAGAGAACACAGAGACAACAGAGAAAACCGAGACGACAGCAUAACAUAAUAUUAUUAUUAUAUAUAAGGACAAGGACAAGGAUUUAUUUGCUUUUAGGACUUAUUUGAGCAAAUAAUGCCACCCAGAAAGAGGCUGUACAAGCUUGAAGAUGCCGUGGAAAUGGUGUUCGCUGACUCUCCGUCAGAAGAUGAGGAUUUACUUCAGCCACAAUCAGACCCGGAUUAUGAACUUCGGGAAAGUGAGUAUGACGAGUAUGAAAUGGCUUCUGGAUCACAGCCAUCAACAUCUGCCUCAUCCGAGCUACGACGUGCAUCAGAUCAGCAUACAGUUGCCCCAGAGCCAUCAACAUCCAAGCUACGUCGCCGGAUGUCUGCACCUGUACUAACUCGGCCUCCCUCUGCAUCUUCUGAUUCGGAACCAUCAUUUGAGCUGCCCAGCAAAAGAAAAGCAUCGAAAAAAGCUGUAAAUCCCAGAAAGCGUGGCCAAGGUCGAGGUGGGUCUUCCUCUUCCAGAACGACAGAGGAAGAACUCGGGUGGCACAACAAAGAAGAGAAUGACCAAACACCAGAGCCACUGAGGUUCAUGCCUGCCAGGGUCCCAGGGCCAGCGUUGGACACCACUGCACAAUGGUCUCCCCUUCAGCUUUUCAAACUAUUUUUUAGCCAUGCCGUGGUUCAUACAAUCAUUGCCAACACAAACACAAAGGCCCUGUAUCAAUUGCAGGCUGGAAAGAAGUACCCUUGGAAAGUGCUGACUUUCAAGGAUUUUUAUAUUUUCCUGUCCAUUGUCAUUUUCACAGGCCUAGUUAGCGUUCACAACCAAUCGGACUACUGGAGGACAACAUUUCCAUAUAGUUUCAAAUUCCCAGGUGAUACGAUGUCCCGGCAACGCUUCCACGCCAUCCUGUAGUCAUUGCACAUGAGCGACCCGAAAGAAGACGAAGAAAAUGAUCGCAAAAGGAACACCGCAGAGUACGAUAGACUUUUCAAGAUAAAGCCCCUGUACACUGAAAUCACUGCUGCCUGCAAAGCACAUUUCCAGCCCCAUCAAAACAUUUCAAUAGAUGAAAGGAUGGUCGCCUCCAAAGCCCGCAUAAGCUUGAAGCAAUACAUGAAGAAUAAGCCAACAAAGUGGGGUUACAAGCUGUUUGUGCUGGCGGAUUCCUCCACGGCAUACACAUGGAACUUCUUUGUGUACACAGGGAAGAGUGAGUUCCUCUCAGGCCAGGGACUCAGCUACAGCUCCGUGGUCGACCUCCUGCCUUUCCCUCUGCUCGGUGGGGGCUACACACUCUUUGUGGACAACUUUUACACAAGCCCUGCCCUCUUUGGGGAUUUGUUCGCAAAAAACAUUGGCUGUUGUGGGACCAUUCGAAAAAAUCGAGUUGGUUUUCCACAGACUGAGUUGAACGACCUUCCGAAAAAGGCUGAAAGGGGAGAUAUGCGUUGGAUAAGGAGAAGCAAGCUCCUGUUCAUAAAGUGGAUGGACAGCCGUGAAGUGACCAUGUGCUCCACAGUGCAUGCAGCCUUCAGUGGACAGACUGUCAGGAGGAAUGUGAAACGGGCUGGUGUGUGGCAGACUAAGAUUGUUACCGUUCCUGACGCUGUGGUGGACUACAACAGAAGCAUGGGCGGCGUGGAUGUGUCCGAUGCUUUGAUUGGGUACUACAGCGUUCUCCGCAAAACCAUGAAAUGGUACAAGACUUUUUUUUACCAUUUUCUGGACAUUGCCGUGGUCAACAGCUUCAUUCUCCACAAGGAGCUGCACAAGAUGAGGGUUGACCCCGGCAUGACGAACCCACACACCCAGAAGUCCUUCAGGGAGCAGCUUUCUGCAGAAUUGAGGGGUGAUGUCCCUGCAGCACCACCACCACUCCCCCCAUCAUCACAAGUAUGCAUGCCUGCGUAUUAUGGGGAAGAUGCCACCAAGCACAGGAGGUACUGCAGGAGGUGCUCUGAGGCUGGCAACAAAACGGUAAAGACACCUAUAUACUGCACUAAGUGCCUGAUCCCUCUGUGCCUCACUUCAAAGAAGAACUGCUUCAAGGCGUGGCACACCUCUGACUGAACACUUUUUCUUUUUGUGUACAUUUUUGCUUUUUUUUUUUUUUGCGAGUGUUUACAAAAAAAAUGCUUGUGGUUUUAUUUAGGUUUUAGUGUAGUUUUAUUUUAUAGUGUGUUGUGUAAAUAAAUCUGCUCCUGUUGGAGACAAAUUUA